AUGUCAAAAUACGCUUGGUAUACUAAGGUUACAGAUGCAGCCCACCGUUUGACAGUUUUGUCGCUUGUUGGCGGUACUAUUUACAUGGCUGGAGGAUUAGUUUAUACCAUGUACACUACUGGUACCAAAUAUGAACAACAAGUUACGCAGAAAGCUGCCGAAAAGGAGGCAGAAAAUGCACAAUGA